UGGAUAAAAGAGGCGAAGAAGCAGGGGGCGGUUUCCAAAAAUAAAACCCUCCGGUUCCCCUUCAGACGGCCGCGGGGCGGGCGCGAAGGUGCCGCGGACCCGGGCUCGGGGUGCAGCCCGGGCAGCUCACGCCCUACAGUCCUUGCCCGGGAAUCCCCCCACCCCCAGACGGCUGCUUCGGAGGUCCCCUAGACGGGAAGGGGCGAGCCUCCAGGCGGGUGGCUGGAGCGAACGGUGCAGAGCAUCUCCCCGCGAGGUCUCCGGUACCCACAGCUCCGCAGCCACUCUGGCGCCAUGAGGGCGCCGACCACCGCCCGCUGCCCCGGGCGCGUCCUACGGGUGCGCUGGAGGGGCCUCCUGCCGCUCGCCCUGGCUCUCUUGGUGGGGACAAGUCGCGCCCAGAGGGAUUCCGUCGGGAGGUACGAACCAGCUAGCCGGGAUCCGAACCGGUUGUGGCGCCCCGUGGGCAGCCACCCCGCGGCGGCGGCUGCCAAGGUGUACAGCCUGUUCAGGGAGCCCGACGCGCCGCUGCCCGGCUCGUCGCUCUCGGGGUGGAACCAGCCGAGCCAGGAGGGCCCCGGGAGGCCCGCCGAGGCCGAGGCCAGGAGGCCGUCCCGUGCCCAGCAGCCGCGUCGAGUCCCGCCACCUGUCCAGGCUCGGAGAAGCAGCGCCCGCGGCCAGCAGCAGCCGGCAGCCCGGGCCGCGCCUUCCGUCGUGCGCCUGGCGACCCCUCAGCGACCCUCGGCCGCGCGGCAAGGGCGACUCACCGGGAGGAACGUCUGCGGGGGACAGUGCUGUCCAGGCUGGACGACAUCAAACAGCACAAACCACUGUAUCAAACCUGUGUGCCAGCCUCCCUGUCAGAACCGGGGCUCCUGCAGCAGGCCCCAGCUCUGCGUCUGCCGCUCUGGCUUCCGUGGGGCGCGCUGUGAGGAGGUCAUUCCUGAGGAGGAAUUUGACCCCCAGAAUGCCAAGCCUGUGCCCAGACGGUCAGUGGAGGGGGCACCCAGCCCUCACAGAAGCAGCGAGGCCAGAGGAAGUCUCAUGACCAGAAUACAUCCACUGGCACCACCACCGCCGCCACCACCACCACCACCACCACCCAGGACCCUGAAUAGCCUCAGCCAGACCCGGCCCCUGCAGCAGCACUCAGGGCUGUCCAGGACUGUCCGUCGUUAUCCGGCCACUGGUGCCAAUGGCCAGCUGACUUCCAAUGCCUUGCCUUCCGGACCGGGGCUUGAGCUGAGAGACAGUGCCCAUCAGGCAUCACGUGGAAACCGCCUCUCACCCCCCUGGGGGCUGAACCUCACUGAGAAAAUCAAGAAGAUCAAGGUCGUCUUCACUCCCACCAUCUGCAAGCAGACCUGUGCCCGGGGGCGCUGUGCCAACAGCUGUGAGAAGGGUGACACCACCACACUGUACAGCCAGGGCGGCCACGGGCAUGACCCCAAGUCUGGCUUCCGGAUCUAUUUCUGCCAGAUUCCCUGCCUGAACGGAGGCCGCUGCAUUGGCCGGGAUGAGUGCCGGUGUCCAGCCAACUCCACAGGGAAGUUCUGCCACCUGCCUGUCCCACAGCUGGACAGAGAGCCUCCAGGAAGAGGCGCCCAGCACAGGGCCCAGCUGGAAGGGCCCUUGAAGCAGUCCACCUUCAUGCUGCCUCUCUCCAACCAGCUCGCUUCUGUGAACCCCUCGCUGGUGAAGGUGCAGAUUCACCACCCACCUGAGGCCUCCGUGCAGAUCCACCAGGUGGCACGGGUUCGGGGUGAGGUGGACCCUGUGCUGGAUGACAACAGUGUGGAGACCAGAGCCUCUCAUCGGCCCCAUGCCAGCCCAGGCCACAGCCACUGGGCCAGCAACAGCAUACCUGCUCAGGCUGGAGAGGUCCCUCGGCCACCACCCCCAGUGCUGUCCAGGCACCGGGGACUUCUGGGCCGGUGUUACCUGAGCACGGUGAAUGGACAGUGUGCCAACCCCCUGGUGGAGCUGACUUCUCAGGAGGACUGCUGUGGCAGUGUGGGGACCUUUUGGGGUGUGACCUCAUGUGCUCCAUGCCCACCCAGACCGGCCUUCCCAGUGAUUGAAAAUGGCCAGCUGGAGUGUCCCCAAGGGUACAAGAGACUGAACCUCAGCCACUGCCAAGAUAUCAACGAGUGCCUGACCCUGGGCCUCUGCAAGGACUCGGAGUGCGUGAACACCAGGGGCAGCUACCUGUGUACCUGCAGGCCUGGCCUCAUGCUGGAUCCGUCCAGGAGCCGCUGUGUAUCGGACAAGGCGGUCUCCAUGCGACAGGGACUGUGCUACCGCUCACUGGGGUCUGGCACCUGCACCCUGCCUUUGGUACAACGGAUCACCAAGCAGAUUUGCUGCUGCAGCCGUGUGGGCAAAGCCUGGGGCAGCAAGUGUGAAAAGUGCCCCCUGCCUGGCACAGAGGCCUUCAGGGAGAUCUGCCCUGCUGGUCAUGGUUACACCUACUCAAGUUCCGACAUCCGUCUGUCCAUGAGGAGAGCCGAGGAGGAGGAACUGGCUAGCCCCUUAAGGGAACAGACACAGCAGAGUGGAGGACCCUGGCCUGGGACAGCAGAGAGGCAACCACUCCGGGCAGUCACCGACACCUGGAUUGAGGCCGAGACCCUCCCUGACAAAGGUGACUCGCGGGCCAUGCAGGUCACAACCAGUGUUCCUCACCUACCUGCCUGGGUACCAGAAGAUGCUACUGGAAGACCAGCACCAUCAUUGCCUGGACAGGACAUUCCAGAGAGUCCAGAAGAAGAGCAAGUGACUCCGUCUGGUGAUGUCCUGGUGACACAGGGUCCCCCAGUCUUUGAUCCGUGCUUUGCUGGAGCCUCCAACAUCUGUGGCCCUGGGACCUGUGUGAGCCUCCCCAAUGGAUACAGAUGUGUCUGCAGCCCUGGCUACAAGCUACAUCCCAGCCAUGACUACUGCACCGAUGACAACGAGUGUCUGAGGGACCCCUGUGCAGGAAGAGGACGCUGUGUCAACAGUGUGGGCUCCUACUCCUGCCUCUGCUACCCUGGCUACAGACUAGCCACCCUGGGAGACACACAGGAAUGCAAAGAUAUAGAUGAGUGUGAGCAGUCUGGGGUAUGCCAUGGCGGACGGUGCAGCAACACUGAGGGCUCGUAUCACUGUGAGUGUGACCAGGGCUACAUCAUGAUCAGGAAAGGACACUGCGAAGAUAUCAAUGAAUGCCGUCACCCUGGUACCUGCCCUGAUGGGAGAUGCGUCAACUCCCCUGGCUCCUACGCUUGUUUGGCCUGUGAGGAGGGCUACAAAGGCCAGAGUGGGAGCUGUGUAGAUGUGAAUGAGUGUCUGACCCCUGGGAUCUGUGCCCACGGAACGUGCAUCAACACAGAAGGCUCCUUUAGAUGCUCUUGUGAGGCGGGCUAUGAGGUCACCGCGGACAAGAAGGGCUGCCGAGAUGUGGACGAGUGUGCCAGCCGAGCCUCCUGCCCCACCGGCCUGUGCCUCAACACUGAGGGCUCCUUCACGUGCUCAGCCUGUCAGAGUGGGUACUGGGUGAACGAAGACGGCACCGCCUGUGAAGACCUCGAUGAAUGUGCCUUCCCCGGAGUCUGCCCCACAGGAGUCUGCACCAACACUGUGGGCUCCUUCUCCUGCAAGGACUGUGACAGGGGCUACCAACCCAGCCCCCUGGGCAACAGCUGUGUAGAUGUGGAUGAGUGUGACGGUCGCCAGAACAGCUGCCUGGGGGGCGAGUGCAAGAACACGGAAGGUUCCUAUCAGUGCCUCUGUCCCCAGGGCUUCCAGCUGGCCAACGGCACUGUGUGUGAGGACAUGGACGAGUGUGUCGGGGAGGAGCACUGUGCCCCUCAUGGCGAGUGCCUCAACAGCCAGGGGUCUUUCUUCUGUCUCUGCGCGCCCGGCUUUGUCAGUGCUGAGGGAGGCACCAGAUGCCAGGAUGUUGAUGAAUGCGCAGCCACAGACCCGUGUCUAGGGGGCCACUGUGUCAACACAGAGGGCUCCUUCAACUGUCUGUGUGAGACUGGCUUCCAGCCCUCCCCAGACAGCCGAGAGUGUGUGGAUAUUGAUGAGUGUGAGGAUGACGAAGAUCCAAUAUGUGGAGACUGGAGGUGUGAGAACAGCCCAGGUUCCUAUCGCUGCGUCCUGGGCUGCCAGCCUGGCUUCUACAUGGCCCCAACAGGAGACUGCAUUGACAUAGAUGAAUGUGCCAACGACACUGUGUGCGGGAGCCACGGCUUCUGUGACAACAUGGACGGCUCCUUCCGCUGCCUGUGUGACCAGGGCUUCGAGACCUCUCCCUCAGGCUGGGAGUGUGUUGAUGUGAACGAGUGCGAGCUCAUGCUGGCAGUGUGUGGGGAUGCGCUCUGUGAGAACGUGGAAGGCUCCUUCCUCUGCCUCUGCGCCAGUGACCUGGAGGAGUAUGACGCACAAGAAGGACGCUGCCGUCCUCGGGUGGCUGGAGCCCAGAGUCUCCCGGAGGUUCCGACAGGAGACCAGGAUCCAGGCCUCAUCCGCAUGGAAUGCUACUCUGGGCACGAUGAUGGUGCUCUCUGCUCUCACGUCCUGGGCCUGAACUCCACACAGGCUGAGUGCUGCUGUACCCAGGGUGCCAGGUGGGGAGCAGCCUGUGACCCCUGCCCGUCGGAGGACUCAGUUGAAUUCAGUGAGCUCUGCCCCAGUGGUCAAGGCUACAUCCCAGUGGAAGGAGCCUGGACAUUUGGACAAACCAUGUACACAGAUGCCGAUGAGUGUGUGCUGUUCGGGCCUGCUCUCUGCCAGAAUGGCCGAUGCCUCAACACAGUGCCUGGCUACAUUUGCGUGUGCAGCCCUGGCUACCACUAUGACGGCUCCAGCAGGAAGUGCCAGGAUGACAACGAAUGCCAGGACCUGGCCUGUGAGAAUGGCGAGUGCGUGAACACUGACGGCUCCUUCCACUGCUUCUGCAGCCCCCCCCUCACCCUCGACCUCAGCGGGCAGCGCUGUGUAAACAGCACUGGGGGCACAGAGGACUUCCCCGACCACGACAUCCACAUGGACAUCUGCUGGAAAAAGGUCACCAAUGACGUGUGCAGCCAACCCUUGCGUGGCCACCAUACUACCUACACAGAGUGCUGCUGCCAAGAUGGCGAGGCCUGGAGCCAGCAGUGUGCUCUCUGUCCCCCCAGGAGCUCUGAGGUCUAUGCUCAGCUGUGCAAUGUGGCUCGGAUUGAGGCAGAGCGGGAAGCAGGGAUCCACUUCCGGCCGGGCUACGAAUACAGCCCCGGCCCGGAUGAUCUGCCCUACAACCUCUACAGCCCAGAUGGGGCCCCUUUCUACAACUACCUGGGCCCCGAGGACACCAUGCCUGAGCCACCCUUCUCCAACGUGGCCAGUCAGCUGGGAGAAAACAUACCAAUCCUGGAGCCUCCUCUGCAACCCUCUGAACUUCAGCCCCGCUAUGUGGCCAGCCAUUCGGAACCCCUGGCCUCCUUCGAAGGACUGCAGGCGGAGGAAUGCGGCGUCCUGAAUGGCUGUGAGAAUGGCCGCUGCGUGCGUGUGCGGGAGGGCUACACUUGCGACUGCUUUGAAGGCUUCCAGCUGGAUGCGGCCCACAUGGCCUGCGUGGAUGUGAAUGAGUGUGAAGACUUGAACGGGCCUGCAGCCCUCUGUGCACACGGUCACUGUGAGAACACAGAGGGCUCCUAUCGCUGCCACUGUUCCCCGGGCUACGUGGCAGAGCCAGGCCCCCCACACUGUGCGGCCAAGGAGUAAGAGUGAGGGGUCGCUGUGGGCAGCUCUCUGGAAAUGGCUUCAGCUACAGGCUGGGGACUUAAGAUUGCUUCCUUGGCUGGGAAGACAUCAUGGCUGGGAAGACAACGUGAUGACAUCAGGCCAGGGCUCCGUAGCUCAGUUCUACCAGCCUUGCCUUACUUUUUAACCUCGUCCAGCUUAGCUCUGGUUGUGAGCUUCCGUCAGUGCCUCUAUGCCAUUGCUUGGCUCAGACACCACAAGUAUUUUAAUGCUUCAGCCACUGGCCAUGAGACACAGCCCACCAAUCUGUCCUUGGGGCCUCACUGGAGGACACUAAUCGGAAGAGUCCUCGUCCGCUUCUCUUAGGCUGUUCAGAAAAAAAAAAUGCGGGCACCCCUUUUCCAGCUGUGAUCCACACAUCAUCCUGAUGAUUUGUAACUGAGACAGCAGCUACAUCUGCCCUGGGGUGGCCCUUGGCAAUCUGUGGAGCAAGAGAGCUUUUGGAAAAGUCUGGGGAGUAGCUCCCACGCCACCUCUCGGAACCACCACCACCACCACCACUCAGACAAGCUGGCGAGAGCUCCUUUUUGCCACAUUGCCACCCUGUAGACAGUUCUGUGGCCCCAAGAAGGGACCAGUUUCCCUCGUCUCAGAGGACAAAGACUAACACUAACUCGCUGAGUGAAAGAAACACAAACGAGGAGGAAAAAUGAGCCUGAGAAAGCAUGGCGAGAGAGUGACAGAAAAACCCUGGGGAGUUGAUCUGAAAGGAGGAGCCAAGAUUUAUACGGAUCUAAAAACAUGGAGGAGCUUCGGGCAAAUAAGUACUCAGAGUCACCUUAGGACCACUGUGCCCCAGCGGUGAUCUCACAGGAUCCAGUGCCCAUCUCCAAAGAUCUUUUUUGGGUACAUAUGUUUCCGUAUAGGAAACAAAUCUCUUCUGGGCUUUUUGUGAAACAGAAAUGGAUGAGCUAACACUAUAAAGGUCUCUUUUUUUGGUUGGUUUUGUCAGAGAAAGCCAGAUUUUCAAUGUAGUUUAUCUCCUCCACUCAGAAACCCUUGCACUUGUUCGCUUCAGGAAAAAGAAAGAAAGAAAGAAAGAAAGAAAGAAAGAAAGAAAGAAAGAAAGAAAGAAAGAAAGGAAAAUGGGGGCCUGGAAUCCCUCUAAGAGAUGUACUUCCGUACACGCUGGCUGGGAGUUCGGGAGCGCGGUGGAAUAAAGAGAUGUUCAUCCAGGCCCACCUGUGCUCUGUUCUUAUUUCCUGUACCACCGUGGUUAAGUCUGCAGGUUAGACUGGAGCGGGAUCUCUGUGCUCUCCAUGUCCAGUUCCACCAGCCCGUAUGACUGGGCUCCCGUGCGGAAGGGUCUAUGCUAUCCUAAGACAGGACAGACUGGCUGCGUUCCCUGACUGGCAGGGCAGUGUGACAGGCAGAAGAGGUGGUGACGACUGCCCUCCCUGCUGCUCUGACAGCCAGCCGUCGGAUAACGUACUGGAUGCCUGCUCUGAGCACUGUAAUGACUGCUGUGCUUAUGUUUCAGUUAGUCAUGUGACAAUCUCAUUUGCUACCUUAUUCCUUCAUGCAGGCAAGAGAACUGGGACACGGGAAGCCUAAGUAACUUUCUUUAGGCCGCUCUCCCAGCUGAAGCACCCUCAGCAGACGAAAAUGCAUGGUCCCUAAACCAACAGAAAUCUGCUUUUCCUCCUAACAGUGCAGUGAGGUUGUGGUGGUGGGGUUUCUGUUCAGUCUUACCUACUGUGCAUGAGAUCCUGGGGUUCCUCCUAACAGCAGGGGAGGGGAGGAUCCUGAAGCCGCUUUCUAAAGACUGGCUGAGAUCAAGGUUUGCUUGGGCGGCUGACAACUGAGGCCAGUGCGUGCUGCCACAACCUCUGACGUGCACAAAAUGCCAACGCCUUCCGCAGUUACAGCAGGACCAAAACUAACUCUCUGACUCGCUGGUGCCCCUUCUAGGACCUUAACCUCCCCCUGUGUUCUUGCCAAAUAGGAAAUCACGUAUGCUAGAGGUUAUUUAUUAAAGAGAUAUCUGUAAUAGCAGAAGAGUAGAAACAACCACUGUGGAGCGCUCAGAAAAGAUGGCAGUCAAACACAUGUCAAGAUGAUGCGACAGGCUCGGGGGAGAAGGCUGUAGGAGAGUGUGGAAGAUGAGCUGCCGUGUGUCUAAAGAGGAGAGCAGACUGCUGGUCACCUCGUCCUCACCGCUCCACCUUCCACCAUCCUCAGAGAACGUCCUACCGCUGCCCAAGCACGCCCUGCUGGCACCGUGCACUUGCCCUCAGAGCCCUCUACCCUCACCUGCAUGCAAAGACACAUAUUGCCUUUUAGUAAAAACAGAAAAAAUAUACUGUGCGUGCACAGUGACUCCCCUCACGCUCUCUCUCACACAGAGUCUUACUGAGUAGGCCAGGCUGUCCCAGAACCAAUCAUCCUCUGCCUCUUUUGUGCCGGGACUACAAGUGUGAAAUGCCACAGCCAACUACAUUUUUUUUCACUCUAUACCUGCUCAUAAAGCAGUAUCUUGAGCCAAGCACAGAGGCCCACACCUGUAAUCCCAGCACUCAGGGAGGCAAAGGCAGGCCGAUCUCUGUGAGUUCGGGGCCAGCCUGGUCUACAAAGUGAGUCAAGGACAGAGAAACCCUAUUUUGAAAAACCAAAAGACAAAACAAAACAAAACAAACACACACACACACACACACACACACACACACACACACAAAACCUAUCUCCUAUUGCCUAGCAUUGUAGCACGCACCUAUAAAACCAACAUUCAGAAAGCCAGAGGACGGUGAGAGUUAGGACAGCCUGAGCUACAAAACAAGACCCUGUUUCAAAAUAAAAAAUAAUAAACAAUGGUCUCCUGUUUUAUAGCUGUAUACUAGUCCACGGAAUGGAUAAACCAUAACUUACUCUGCCAGGGCCUCACGGGAAGACACUGCCAUUGCCUGCCUUUGCUCACGAUGCUGUAAUGAGUACUCCUGUAUAUGUGUGAUUUCAUGUUAUAUCUACAAAAUUAAACUCUUGAAAACAACACGGUUUAUGGGGAGAAUGACAGGGUAGAUAAAUAGAACACUGAGGUUUUUUUCACUGUAUUUCCACCUUUUAAAUCUGUAGAUAGAUGUAUACCUACUCAAAAAAUUAAACUACUCUAAAAUACAGCUACUGAUUAAGCAUGGCUUCAAUGCCCUCUCCUUUGAUAUACUUUUUAUAAUUAAAGUAAUCAUUUUUUAAUUUCUUAAGGAAAUUUCCAUCAGGUAGGCCUGGAGUGCUUUUCAGGAGAAGAACUUUGGGAGAGCAACUGCAGACAUUAAUCCCAGCUGGCAAGAGAAGCAGGAGAGAUCUCUGCCUUUCAGAUGAACACAGGAACCAGAAUGGUGCACUGGGUAAUAUCAGGCCCUGCCAAUCCAUUACCUUAGAUCAGGACAAACGGAGGCCUAGCCUGUUCCUUCUGUCCAGCUGCACCUGCUAGGUGCCAGCCCUCCUCUGAGGCGCUGUAAUGAAAACCCAAAGAAACAGAACUCAGUUCUCAGAGUUAAAGCAAGCGUCACUUUAAAGAGUGUCUUUAGCAGUCCCUUUCUCCACCCACCCCCACGUCAAAAUCGGCAACUUCAAUGAACUACAAAGCGUUGCAGUUAUGGAAACACACGUGUCUACUGAAGGGCACUGCAGCUGGCGUCACCUAACAUGGCUCUCCAGUCUCCUUCCUUAGUUAUCUCCUGAAGUAUCUGCAAACAGAUCAGAUGCUUACGGAAAGGAACUAUAGCUGUCUUCAUGCUGCCUUCCCAGCACAGCUGGCUUGGUGGGAUGUUUGCUUUCCUCACAUACUAUCCUUUCAACUAGUUGGGCAUAUUUUCUCGGGUUUGACACGUACCCCGAAAAAGCCGUACGUGCAGAGCUCUCCCGUAUCACAUCCCUGAUCGAGCAUCCUUAAUGAGGUGCACGGCCACAUCUUCAAAAAUCAUCAAAUCUUUUAUUCCUGCCGUACAAAGAGGCAAAGGCUUCAGCACCAAAGGCUCUAAAUGGCAAGUGGAAGAUCACACCACAAUUAAAAGGAUUUUGGCUAAAGAUGAAAUAUACUGUAUCACGGAGUUUGGGUACAGUAUGCAGAAAACGCCUCCCUAAGAUCUAGCCGUAGGCAAGCCUGUAAGGCAUUUUCUUAAUUGGUGAUUGAUGGGGGAGGAGCGGCCUGUUGUGGAUGGUGCCAUACCUGGGCUGGUGGUUCUGGAUUCUCUAAGAAAUCAGGCUGAACAAGCCAUGGGGAGCAAGCCAGCAGCACCCCUCCAUGCCCUCUGCAUCAGUCCUGCCUCCAGGUUCCAGCCCUGUUUGAGUUCCUGCCCUGACUUUCUUCAAUGAUGGGCUAGAUUGUGGAAGCUGAAUAAACCCUUUGCUCUCCAA